AUGAGGCUGCCUAUACACCCCGUACCUGAUGCAGCAGAAGCACCACGAGCUCCCUUUGGCUUAGAGUAUUUGCUGCUGCUGCUGCCUCCUUCCUUAGUAGGAUUUUUUACGUCCUUGCGUAAGCAGCACGAGCAGCAGCAACUGCAGCCACAGCAGCAGCUGCUGCUGCUUGCUGCUGCUAAACAAUUCCUUAUACAUAAUAUACAAUCUAUUAAUAGUUAUGGCAUAGUGCAGCAGCAGCUGCAGCAGCAACUGCAGCAAAGAUAUAAUUUCUUAUUAAAUAAGAUACAACAAGAGCAGCAGCAAGCUAUUCGUAAGCAGCAGCAGCAGCAGCAGCAGCAGCAGCAACAGCAACAGCAGCAGCAGGAGGGAGAGGAGGAAGAAGGAAAGCAUCAACAACAACAGCAGCAGCAGCAGCAGCAGCAGCAGCAGCAGCAGCAGCAGGAUAUAUUAGGGGAUGUAGGUAUUGCUGCUCGUGUGUCUCUGCAGCAGCUGCGUGCUGCCUUAGGUGUAGGCAGCAAUUUAGAUCUACAAACAGCAAAAUUGUUGCUGCAGCAGCAGCAGCAAGUACGUCGUAAGCAGCAGCAGCAACAGCAGCAGCAACAGCAACAGCAGCAGCAGCAGCAGCAGCAGCAGCGGCAGCCUGAGCCUGUACGCGUAGAUCCUCCUGUUGUCUUAUUAGCAUUAGAUGAGGUCUAUGGGCAUAUCUAUAAUCCUGCUGUACUUACUAAACAGUUACUGUAUUAUCUGGAUACAGAAGGGGCGAGUACAUGCCGUCGUUUGCUGCGGCUAAAUAAGGGGGUGUAUAGUAAGCAGCAAGCGCUGCUGCUGCUGCAGCAGCUGCAGCAGAAGAUAGAGGAGAAGCAACGUAUGCUGCUGCUGCAGCAACUGCAGCAACUGCAGCAAGAAACAGAAGAAAAGAUGCAAACAAUACGUACACAAAGGCAGCAAAUAGAGCAGCAGCUGCAGCGGGUGCAGCAGCAGCAGCAACAGCAGCAGCAGCAGCAGCAGCAGCAGCAGCAGCAGCAGCAAGGUGGCAGGUCUACUCCAUGGGAGAGGCAGCAAGUAACAGCAAAGUUCGCUAAAUGUGUUGAGGAAGGAAAAUUCUUUGCUGCUUGUCGUAUCCUUAGACUACAGACAGACAUGUUAGAAUUUCGUGGUCGUCCUGAGCUCGUGUUAGGGUUUUUAAAUCUUUAUGAAGAUCUAAAUGUACGCAGCAAAGAAUUAUUUCUGCAGCAAAAGGAGAGGCAGCAGCAAAAAGAGAAGGAGAAAGAGCAGCAGCAGCAGCAGCAGCAGCAGCAGGAAGGUGGGGUGCAGAUGCUGCAGCAGGAGGAAGAGGAGGAGGAAGAGCAGCAGCAGCAGCAGCAAGCAGGAAGGUGGGGUGCAGAUGCUGCAGCAGGAGGAAGAGGAGGAGGAAGAGCAGCAGCAGCAGCAGCACGAGGAAUUCGCGUUUUCGUGCUCAGAGCAAGAGAGAUGCAGCUGCUGGCACAGCAGCACGAGCAGCAGCAGAAGCAGCAACAGCAGCAGCCGCAGCAGCAGCAGCAGCAGCAGCAGCAGCAAAGGGAUACUUCUUAUAGUCUUGCUGCCUUCUUUGAGAGUCCUGAGUUCGAUCUACAGAAAUGGCUAGACGAGACACCGCCAGGUCUGCUGCAGCAGCAGCAGCAGCAGCAGCAGCAGCAGCAAGAGGGGGAGGAGGAAGAAGAGGAGCAGCAGGAAGAAGAGGAAGAGGAGCAGCAGGAAGAAGAAGAGGUGCUAUAA